UGUAAAUCCCUACAUAUCGCUUGAAGGAGAAGUCACUGUUCCGUCAAGCUGCGUGUCUUGCAGUGAAUGUAUAUCUGCAUCCUGGGUAACCAAAGCCCAAGAAUGUCAACUUUCCGUUUCAAGUUGGAACUUUUGGUGACCAUCCGACGGUUGCAGAGGUACUCUUGCUUUUCCCUUAACUUCGCUAAUUUUCGGAAUUCAAGAUCAUUGUUUUGGGAACUGAUGGCCUUUUUCACAAUCUCUUCAACGACGACAUAAUCGAAGUUCUUAAAACAUCUCUUUGGGUCCGACCAAGUCAACUUGAAGGUGAACUCUCGCUGUUGUCGCCAGGCAGCUGCAGCAGACCGUGUAGCUGGGGCGCAGGCCGAGCGUUUGGACAGCCCGUUUGCCAGGGCGGCUGCAAAGGCGAGAAUGAAUUGGAGCGGUGGAAAGCUAGAUGAUACCACGGCACUUGUGGCGUUUGUGACGUGAUAUUUGAGUCGCAAAGGGGCAAGAAGCCAUAAUUUGGCUCACACCACUCCUCCUUGGCAGCUUUCCUGAGCCUCAACACGGACGGAAAUCCCGCCUUGUCGACCGAUGAUCCGCUACUGACGAGCUGAGCGCACCGCUGCCAAGGAAAAGCAUGCGAGCAGCACAAAGAUCGGCAAGAUGUAGCCUCUCGCCCUCAUGAUCGAAGGGUAACCCCCUGGUCGAUGGAAAAGGUAUCCCUGUGGCGCGGAGCUCUAGAUCUGCGCCGACUCACCUCGGGUUCUAGAAAUCUAGCAUGCACCCGGCGCCAUUGAUCGAUCGAAUCUGAUAAGUAGUGGAAUAUUCUGGUUCCCGUGAAUCUAGGGAUAGCGCGUUCAGCGAGUGUGUCGGUGAGCUCGAGCUCUCUCUCUCUCUCUCUCUCUCUCUCUCUCUCUUAAUCGUGUCACUCACACAGAUUUUUCUAGUUACGUGGUGUUCGUCAUCUCGAGACACUGAAAAGAGUACUACAAGGACGACGAAAGCCAAUAUAAUAUAUACUACACCCCUUUUCGUCCAACUAUGUACCUCACAUACACAAAUACUUUGUAAGCUUUUCAUCGACAGCGAAGGGGCCUCCUCACAUACAUUGGCCUCAAAAUAUGUAAAGGGAAGUAAGAGACCUGGUGUAAGCAAAAAGAUGGAUGCCCCCCUCCCUCCCCCUAAGUAGUGUUGUUGUUACAUCGUCAAUGUAGCGACUGUUUGAGGACAUGCCGCAGAGGGAUUCGGUAUCGCAGACCGCCAUGGUUGCAGCUUAUGCCCAAUGCGGGUAUCUUGAUCUUGCGACGCGAUUGUUACAGGAUAUGCCUCGGCACAAUCUUCUGUGUUGGAAUGCAAUCCUCGCGGCGACCGCUGCCGAGGGCCGGAUAAGCAGAGCAAACUAGAUCUUUGAGGAAAUGCCCGAGCAAGACAUCGUUUCUUGGAGCACCAUGCUUUCGGCAUAUGCCCAGAACGGUCUCUUGGACGAAGCCAAGCAAACUUUUGGACUGAUGCCUCAGCACAACUCCACGUCUUCGACAGCCAUGCUUGCGUCGUAUGCGCAGCACAAGCAGCUGCGAGAGUCCAAGGUUUUGUUCGACAACAUGCUGGAACGCGACGUGGUUUCGUGGACUGCGAUGCUCGCAGCGUAUGCUCACAAUGGUCACGUCAGGCAUUCCGAAAGGCUGUUUGAGUCGCUUCCCGAACGGGACACCAUCUGCUGGAGCGCUAUGCUUGCCGCUCUUGUUCAAAACGGGCUCUACUUGGAAGCUUUUGUUGUUUUUGACGAGAUGAAGAUGGCGGGAUCAAUUGACAAGGUGUGUUUUGUAUCGAUCCUCAUUGCUUGCAGCCAGGGAGGGAAGGUUUCCACUGCAAAAUCGCUCUUCCUGUCGAUGAGUCUUGAUUUUGGGUUUCAACCGAGCAAGCAGCACUAUUGCUGCAUGAUCGAUGUCUUUGGGCGAGCCGGGCAUUUGGAAAAUGCGCAAGAUCUUGUAGCUAACAUGCCAUAUGUACCAGAUUCGAUUCAGUGGAGGUGCUUGUUUGGAGCAAGCCGAAGUAACAAUGAUGCUCAACAUGGAGCUUCGGUUGCUAGGGAAAUAAUCGGACUAGAAAAAGAACAUUCUGCUUCAUAUGAGCUUUUUGCCAACUUGAUAAGGUUGUAAAUUUUUUAUUUAUCCGUCAUUUAGGCCCUUUAGUUUGAAUAAACUGUAAAUCUAUACCUUUAGUUUUAACAUAACUAACCUCUAUUCUUACCUUUAAUCUGGGAUACUUACAAAAUGUAUGGCGAGAUUACCUAUAAAAUGUAGUGAAUAUAACAAUGUUCUGUG